GAGAAAAGAUCGAGUGCUCCUCGCACACCCUAUCGUAUGAAUCUCUUCCCUCUUUGAAAAGCGUUCUGCGUUCACCGGCGUCAGAAAGUUCUUCCGAUCAGGUUUCCGGCCAUCGCCGAGGGAGUUGUUAAGCACAGCUUUGGGAACUAAGAGAAAUUAUCCAUUGAAGUCAGCAACAAAUUUUGCAGUGGAUUUUUCGGGAAUAUUUUUCACCUGAAAAAAUUUGAAGCAAAUGUCUUUACAAAACAAGGGAUUUUGGAUGGUAAAGGGUUCUGGACACAUUAAUGACAGGGAGACUGCAUUUGAUAAUCCUUCCAAAAUUGAAUCAAAACGACCUCAUCAGUGGUUUGCUGAUGCUGCUGAAGUUGAUUUUUUUCCAAACAAAAAACAAGCUUUAGAAGAUGCGAAUGAAAAAUCUAGUUCAGGACUUUCAAAUGUAAAUUUUUCUCCAUGGGAGAAUGAUUCCAAUUUUCAUUCAGUCCCAAGCCAUUUCAUUGGUCGGUUAUUUGGAUCUGAAACUAGGCCUGUCAAUUUCACCGAAAAGAAUACUUAUGUUCCGGCUGAUGAUUCUGAUAUGAGAUCAAAGAUGAUCACCAAUCAAUAUGGAGAUGAUGCAUCUUUUGGCUUGUCUAUAUCUCAUUCCGUCGUAGAUUCUGAAGCAUGUAUAAAUUUUGGUGGAAUCAAAAAAGUCAAAGUAAAUCAGGUUAAGGAUUUUGAUGAUGUACCGGAUCCGGAGGGACAUAAUUUUAGUAGACAGAGUAAUGGCGAUCCACAUCAGGCCUAUAAUGGGGAAGUUGAGGGAAGGUCUGCAUCAAUAGGGCAAGCCUUUGACAAGGAUGGUGAUGUCACUUUAAUGGGACUCAGCUACAGCAGAGGGGAUGAUGCCCAUGUUAGAUCAUUUGGUGCCCCUUUUGGCAAAGGAGAUGACUCAAUCAUAUCAAUUGGUGAAUCCUAUAACAAAGAGGACACAAAUAUAAUUUCUUUUGGUGGGUUCCCUGAUGAACGGGAUAUUAUCUCUGUGGGAAGGCCUGCUGCAGAGUACGGUCAAUCAUAUAAUCAAUCUUCAGUUCAUGUGUCAACAACAGCUCAUGAGAAAGAGUUGUAUGCAUCAAAUUCUGAUGUAGUCGCAAGUACGCAUCAGAUAGUAAAAGUAAAGUCUGAAACUAUGGCAAAGAAUAAACAAGAGUUCAAAACUGCAAGGAAAGAAGCUCCAAACAGUUUCCCUUCUAAUGUCAGGAGCUUGAUAUCUACUGGUAUGCUUGAUGGUGUUCCUGUAAAGUAUGUCUCAGGGGCGCGGGAGGAACAUCGUGGAAUUAUAAAAGGCUCUGGCUAUCUUUGUGGGUGUCAGUCAUGUAACUAUUCCAAGGUUUUGAAUGCUUAUGAAUUUGAGAGACAUGCUGGUUGCAAAACAAAACAUCCAAACAACCAUAUUUAUUUUGAGAAUGGGAAGACCAUUUAUCAAAUAGUACAGGAAUUGAGGAGUACCCCAGAAAGUUUGUUGUUUGAUACAAUUCAAACAGUUUUUGGUGCACCAAUCAAUCAGAAAGCAUUUCGCAGUUGGAAAGAAUCAUUUCAAGCAGCAACUAGAGAGCUUCAACGCAUUUACGGAAAGGAAGAACUUAACCUAUAAGUCCCAAGCCUUUGUGAAAACGUAACUUAGGUUAGAGACUAGUGUGCAUAGUAAGAUAUAUCAUUUUUAGAAUUUUUCCUGUAUCUUUUUCAGGCUCCGCAGCCUUCAGUGCAUUGUGUGCCUUUGUGGCCUUGCUUAAAAUAUUGGAGGUUUUAUAACAGCUUUUGUACAAAUCAGUGGAAUUAGGUGGCUUUGGUAGAUAGAAUUAUCUAUAACAUUACCGAGAAAGCUAAUGUUCUUUUGUUACUGAAAGGAGCAAGACUUAUUAGCUUGUUAAUUUUGGGGCACUGGACUGAA